CGGGGAGGGAGGGAGGGAUGUCGCACGGAGCGCGAGUGAUCCGCACCGGGGCGAGCAGCGCGGGACCCGCGGCGCCGAGCGCGUCCUCGGGCUCGGACGGGGACCUGAUGGACGGCGCCUAUUUCCGCUCGUGCGCCGGGAUGCUGAAGGUGGCACAGAUGAUCGCACUGCUGGUUGGAUUCAUAAGUGUAAAUAAUUCCCCAUGGACGAACUACAGUGCAUACAGCUACUUUCAGAUUGUCACCAUGUGCGACUUGGUUAUGAUUUUGUUCUUCUACAUUAUCCACAUUUUCAGAGUCUACAGGAAGCUCACUUGCGUCAGCUGGCCACUUGCGGAGUUUCUUCAUUAUUUAAUCGGUACAAUUCUGCUUCUCAUUGCAUCAAUUGUAGCAGCAUCCAAGAGUUACAAUUUGACAGGACUUGUGGCUGGAGCGACUUUCGGGUUCCUAGCUACGAUCCUUUGUGUUUUAAGCAUGUGGUCCUCUUACAAGGUUUCUUGCGUCACGCAGUCCACAAAUGCAUCUGUAUGACUCCUUCAUCUCUGCAAGACGUCUGCCUUACAAAAUAGGAUACCAAAGAUGAUCAUCCACUACUGAGGAGAGAGCAUGGGUAUUUAGUUACUAGCCUGAACAGCCAGUAGCUUUUGAAGAUCUACUUGAAUGCCUAUGCAAAACUAUGUUGAACCAAAGUUAUUUUGCCCCCCUCUGCCCAAAGAAUUUUAUAAUGGAGAUUCUGCUUUACAGAGAUAAUGAAGAAUGAGCUUUACAGAGAAGGACAACUUCUAUCUCACAAGCUGUUAUUUGCAAUAAGUGCAUUUAAAACUUAUUUGGAGAGUCAUUGGGUUCUCCUUUCAGGGAGAUGGAAAAAUUGCUUCUGAUUUCCUCCGUUUACAGAAGGGAAAUCCUGCAAAUUUCUACCUGAUUCUUAACUUCCAAGGAUGAUUUGUUUAAGAAAGGAACUGUUACAGACUGAUUUGUGCCUGGAUAAGCUGACCCAAGUCUUUGUUACCUCUUUCUAUCAGAACUGUGGACUUUUUUCAACAUCAGCUCCACCAGAAUCAAAAAUUAUGAACUGCAUCUUGACUACAUCACUGCAAACGCUCCCUGCUAGCCUGAACAGGACAUGAAGAAUCAGGUUUUUUCCUCCAUUAAUUUUUAAAGGUUAUUAACAGUCAAAGAUUAUUCUUACAAUUUCCUUCUGCCAAAUACAGCAAAAUAUAUACCCAAGAGUAUGCGUUUAUUGUUUUGUUGGAUCUUUUUUUCCCUUUUCACAAAUACUGAUUUAUAAAAUGGGUAUUUGUAGGAGCUGUUCUGUAGAAAAUUUCUGUGCAUUUCCUGUGAAUUAUUCUAUUUGCAGUCUGACAGUGUUUAUGGAAAGCCCAUUGUGAAUGGAGCAAUGAGAUUCUUUCUCUUUCUUACAUGGGGUUUGUUCCUUCCUCUGCCUCUGUUGGAAUCCAUGCUUUCGGAGACUCUGUCGGGAGCUUGGACAGACAGAACAGUUCAGUUUUGUCCAGCCCGCUCUUGUCGUGAAGUUCUAUGUAACUGCAAGGCUGAGUCAAUGCCUUUUUGGCACCUUUUUCUUUCUCUCUUUUGCAGUCCAUCUCUGGUAAGCUAGAAAUUCUUUGCAGGAAAAAAAGGGAAGCACUGGGCACUCCUCUUUAUUGCUUCCCCUUUCAUGUCUAGCCGUGAAGUACAACUUGUGCUUAUAAGUUGGUCUCUUCUGUUGGGACAACGGCAUGAUGGUACAGCAGAUUUCGCCAAAAGUAGGAUUUAUGCAGUUUACCAGGUCAUAUCUGGAGGAAAAAAGCAUUUUCUGGCCUGCUAGGCCUUUUUCUAUUUGUCUGAAAAUCUGCAUCAGUGCUGCUAAAUAAUUUAAUGGUUCUCAGAAAAUUCUCUGUGUGUCAUUGUAGGUCAUCAUACAUUGCCAUUGGUUGCCACCUAAUUGUUUUCUCUCAUCCUAAUAUAUGUAUCGUUACUUUGAUUUGUUUUUUCACUCUUUUAUGAGAGAAACUGGCCAACUGUGCCAGGUGUCAAAAAUUUUAAGUAAAUGAAAAUAACAAAGCAGAUAACCUGGAAAGGUAGAAAUCCCCCUUAUCAUGGUGCACAGCUUCUGUGAUUAUUCUUGCUGUUCCUUUUCAUAAGGAAGUGUCCUCUUUACAGCAACAUAGAGCAGAAAGUAAUUCGAAAGCACAAAAAUCUGCCGUUUGUGGAUGGAGAUACAUAUAUUCACCCCAAAAUAAACUGCUUUGACAUUCAUAUAGAGGAUUAUUUAAAUAAAGCUAUAUAACAGGCAGUUAUAAUGUUGUUAAUUUAAUAUUGAUUAUAUCUUAUUACUUUAGAAUGUCCAACUUCGGCCUGCUUUUCUGCCCUGUACCUUCAGAUAACAUAUUUUGUGUUUGGUCAGAAAUGGGUUGCCUUUUUUCUUUUUAACAGCCUGAAUUGAGCAUGUCUCAAGGGCUCUCUGGCUUAAGAGAACAGACGUUGUCAGCCAGAAAUCCGCUGUCAAGGAGAGUCAGUGAUGGUUCAGGCUUCCGUGCCCUGCCAACGCAGGACCAGAUCAAAGGACGAGAGACUUCAUUCUGGGCACUUUGAGUGAAAAUACCUGCAAAAGAAAUUACACACGCAGUGGGGUGUUUGGUCACCAGUUCUCCUGCCAAGACUAGCUUAACUACAGUUUCUGGAAACCAGCAUUCUGACUUUAAUUUGGGCUGACAUUUUAGAUAUUUAAGGGUACAACCUCUUCUGUUCCCAUAGAGGAAAGAGAAGUGCUCUAUUUCUCCUUAACCUCCUGAGAUAGCACCUCACAUGGAUAGUAGGCACCUUCCUACAAGCUUUAACCCCUCUUGCCAGUCCUGUGGGAAACUGAUGUUCUGCUGCACACAGUGUGAAUGCAGCUGAGCACUUGGCGCUGCAGUGGCAGCAGGGAGAAGCACCUGCUAAGGAUUGGUGCUGGAGCCUGAGCUUGCUCUGAAGAAAAGGCUCUUUCCACCCUCUGCUGGAAUUAUGCCCCUUCUCCUGGCGCUACACUAGCAUCUUUUUUGCAGCCUCCCAUGACGCUUGUCACCAUGUGGAGGAAAAUAACCAACCUUCGGAGGAAUUUCACACAGUCUGAUAACCAAAGAAUUAUGUUAUGAUGGUGCUGGGUCCAUAGACCCACCAGAUGCUCUUAAUGUGGGAUGAUUUCAGGCUGGAAAACUGACACAUCAGCUGCCAAAGCUUCCUUGCUUCCCACAAAUCCUCCUUGUGAAACGUGUCUACCAAGAAAAGCGCAGGUUUUGCUGGUACCACCAACUCUGCCAGAGGUCUCUGAAUGACAGUUCUGUCUGGCAGGGACUUGGCCACCUCACUACUGUAGCUCUGCCAGCAAAAGUGUUUUAAGUCUCCUUCAGUGUCAACCUGGUUCUGAAAGCUCCGUCUGUCUGCAACUCUCAAAUAUGGGAUUCCAGUUGUUUUAAAAAUAAACUAUGUUCACCCUUUGGAUGAUGUAAUGGCUUUGAGAAUCA